ACCUGGGGACAAAGGUGCGAUGGGAAUCCCUGGGCGGCCGGGACUAAAGGGGCAAUCUGGAGAGAAGGGUGCUCCAGGAGAAGCUGGUAUGUCCAUCAUCGGGCCCCGUGGUCCACCCGGACAGCCGGGAACAAGAGGUUUUCCUGGAUUCCCGGGCCCUAUUGGUUUGGACGGCAAACCGGGGCAUCCUGGACAGAAGGGAGAGAUGGGUGCUGCAGGUCCCAGGGGACAACCUGGACCCCCAGGACAAAAAGGAGAGAAGGGUCAGUGUGCAGAGUACCCGCACAGGCUGCUGCCUCUCCUCAAUUCAGUGCGGCUGGCUCCACCUCCGGUCAUAAAGAGACGCACUUUCCAGGGUGAACAAGGACAGGCAGGGAUCCAAGGUCCCCCGGGGCCCCCGGGUCCGCCAGGGCCCCCUGGACCAGCUGGACCCGAAGGAAUCCCAGGACGUCCUGGGCCAGUUGGACCCCCUGGCAGAGCAGGAGAAUCUGGAAAGCCUGGCAGAGAUGGAAAGGGCUUACCUGGGCCUCCUGGACCAAAGGGGGACACUGGAAUUCAGGGAUACCCUGGCAGGAAGGGGGAGAGAGGCAUGCCAGGGCUGCCAGGAAGACAUGGCUCUAAGGGCGCUCCCGGGGUGGCGGCCGCAGGGAUGAAGGGCGAGCCUGGGACUCCAGGAGAAAAGGGAGAUUCUGGAGAGCCAGGGAGGAUGGGCCCCCCAGGUUUGCCAGGGAAGAGGGGGCAGCGGGGUGAGAAGGGACGAGCUGGUGACCCUGGAAUUCCUGGACUUCCUGGCCCAAAGGGAGAGAAGGGAAUUGCUGAGAAUGCCUUGGUGGGAGCUAAAGGAGAACCUGGCCCUCCAGGUCUGCCUGGACCCCCUGGACCAAAGGGAGAAGCAGGUGACAUUGGUCAGCCUGGUGCUGCAGGAUCACAGGGAGAAAAGGGGGAACGUGGUUCACCAGGAGACCAGGGACCCAUGGGCCCAAGGGGCCCCAAAGGAGAGCCUGGGAAGGAUGAAAUGAUGGACUAUGAUGGGAACAUCAGUGAAGCUCUCCAGGAAAUACGAACUUUGGCCUUGAUGGGACCCCCGGGACGUCCAGGUGUGGCUGGACCUCCAGGGCCACCAGGACAGAAGGGUGAAAUUGGCUUGCCAGGUCCUCCAGGCCACGACGGAGAAAAGGGACCACGUGGCAAGCCUGGAGAAAUGGGCCCUCCUGGGCCUCAGGGCCUGCCAGGGAAGGAUGGACCUGCUGGGAUGAAGGGAGAGCCAGGCCAUGCUGGGGGCAGAGGAGAGAAGGGUGAGAAGGGAGAUCCAGGACAAGCAGGCUCCCCGGGACUAGAUGGCCCCACUGGAGAGAAGGGUGAACAAGGUGACCAAGGGAUACCAGGACCAUCAGGAUUGCCAGGGCCCAUUGGACUUCCAGGACUGACAGUAUCUGGGCCCCCUGGACCCCAGGGCCCUCCAGGACCUCCAGGUCUUCAGGGUGUCCCAGGACCCAAGGGGGAAGCAGGGAUUGAUGGAGUGAAAGGAGAGAAGGGUGCCCAGGGUGAAAAAGGAGACAGAGGGCCACUGGGAUUACCCGGUGCUUCAGGUUUAGACGGCAGGCCUGGACCAGCGGGUAUUCCAGGACCAAUUGGGGCUUCGGGACCAGCAGGACCAAAAGGAGAGAGGGGCAGUAAAGGAGAUCCUGGAGUUGCAGGACCAAUGGGGCCAGCAGGGCUUCCUGGUUUACAAGGUCUACCUGGUGACAAGGGAGUCCGGGGGGAGAGGGGCAAGAAAGGCUCUAGAGGGUCUAAAGGGGAUAAGGGAGACCAAGGAGCACCUGGAUUAGAUGCACCCUGUCCGUUGGGAGAAGAUGGCCUUCCAGUUCAAGGCUGCUGGAAUAAGUGAUGGUUCUAACCCUGGACUGACCUGUGUGUGUUACUGUACAUAGAAUAUUUAUUUUUAUACGGUGUUCUUCUCUGAAAUGCCAAAAGUUAUGCAUUUUUACAAAUUAUCAAAAAGUGGCAUAUUUUUUUGUACAGAAAAUACUAGAUCUCCCUUUUUUCCCAUUUGUCAGUUCUCUGUAUGGUUCUAUGUCUGCAUUAUGCUUGUGUUGUCAUGCAGUACAGCUGUAAUAUUUACAUGAUACUUGUGCACACAUGAUGAAUAUAGGAACUUAAUAAAUUAUUGCAUUUAAAGUGCCCAAAGGAACUGCCCUGUAUAGAUUUAAAGGUCAUUUUCAUUUUUCAAGCUGGAUCAUCCAAGAAUAUUUCAGAAUAUUAUGUAUUUUUUAUUAAAAUGAAAUAUUAACACUUCUGUUGUGAUGAAUUAAAGUGUUGCUGAAAAACCUCCUAGUGGUCCCUGUGCACUGGGAAUGCAGAGACACCAUGAUUUACAAUUAUCCUCCCAUGACCUGGAAUAACCCUCAUGACAAGGAGCCCUAGUUGGCAAGAGAUUCUCGUCCCUUUCUAAAUUGCAGGAUUUCAAGCAGCUUAAUUAAAGCCUUAUUUAAAAUUAAGCAUGAUACAGCAUACCUUGAUAUCCUAACAAAUGUUUGUAAAAUCAAUCCACGUGGCUUUUUAAAAUGUUAACCAAAGGUCGCAUGCAAAUUUGGAAGUGUGUCAUUUUCAUUUGCAUAUGCACAUCUUAGUUAUCCUUCCUGACCUACCUUUGUUGAUGUCUCAAGUCUAAACUACCCAGAGAGGAAAGCACCACCAGACUGAAGUGAGCAUAAAUGUGCUUUCCUAAGGAUGUGGGGGAAAAGUGGGAGCCUAAAUCUGUUCCCUUAAACACAUCCACUUGCCUUGGCCCUUCACACAGGGGGCAAAGGCAGUGCAGGAGUCUCAGGGGAAGCUGCCAGUGUUUAAUGAUCCCAAAGGAAAAGCACAAGUGGUGAUUUAUUAGUGAGACUGAUCCACUCAAGUCCUGCUCUUUGCAUGAUGCUGCCACUCCAGCAGGAAUUCGGCUCCUCCUGGCUACAGCUGUGCCAGUGGAAGGGGUCACCACCAUGAUGCUCCCUAUACUCACCUGUUCAUCUGUUCACAAACUAUUAUCAGGUAAUUUUCCAGAUGAUUCCAAGCAGCCUUUUAGCACUGUCAUAAUAAAGAGACAGAGUAAGGGAUGUAGUUCCCUUGUACACAGGGAAAGGCCUGCUGGGGACUGCCCAAGGAUCCAGGCCAGCCUCUGACUGCUGCAAUCCAUGUGUCACUCGCCCUCUCAGAAAUGGAUUGAAUUUCAUCUGAAAACCAGGGAGUUUUCCACUGCCCUGUGUCCUUUCCCUCCCUGCCCUGCGGGCUGUUCUGACUCCAGUGCCCUCACAGUUAGGAAACUCCUUGCAACUUUCGACCUAAACUAAUUCAUGGUAUUUACAACCAUUUGUUCUCAUGCCAACAUUGUCCUUGGGAUGAAACGUUUCCAUGCAUGAUGUUUUCAUGAGAUGCUGGGUGUGCUGGAGCUGAAACGGCACAGACAGAAAAUGAACCACCGAGCACUGAGGAAUUCUCCCUGGUUUUCUCAGUAAUACAUGUCGUUAAUAUAAGUCCCAGCUCCCUGUUAAAAGGCUUUGCAGCUGUGAAGGUGAGCUAAUUGGAACAGCUAAUGGUCCAAUUGUGUUUUAAUUGCACACCUGUCAAAGCAGUUUCCAAAGUCCCAGCCGGGUGUAUUCCUCCUGCUUUGGGUUUGGAAGGUUGUAGCAGCAGCAGUGAGUUCCUGCUCUGAUCUUGAAGGCAGGGUGUCUGAAUGCUUCAGUCCCUUCUACAAAUCCUGGCUCUUCUUAAUCCUUAAGAAUACAGAGAUCCCUAGGAGAAGCUGCCAAUGCUUCCUGUUCCCUUUGGUCUGUGUAGCAUGGUUUUGAUGUAGCUGCUUUUUGUGAUUGCACUGCAUGGGAUUGUUGUUGGUUGUUUUUAGCUGAUCCAAGAGCAGAGCAAGUGCACAUCUACCACCCUGUCCUGACACAGUUCCUGAAAGGUUAAGGACUCUCAAGGUGAUGCUGUACCUGUUUUAUUUCUUGGGCUCUUUUUUCACUGCUCUAUUUGUGAGAAAGCUCUUGCUUGAGGUGUAAGGGAGCUUGAAGUGAAAUUGCCAGAACUCUUGAUAGUACCUGACUUGGGUCAGCAAAGACUUUCCUACUACAGGAAAAUGUGCAGGGUACCCACUCGUUUAAGGGUUGGAAAAAUGGUGAUAAGUGUUCCCUGUGGCUGUGGUGGAUUAUAGCCUGGGAUUUUAAUUGAAGUACCAGAUAACCAAUUUGGAUUGCUGCUCCACAGCCCCAAUACAGAUACAAUCUCAUCAGCCCCUGGGGAUAGACAAGAGAGCUCAAAUCAGUGAUGCUGCACUGACCUGCAGCUCUUCCCAAACCUAAGCUCCUUACAUGUCAAAAGAAACCCAAGCAGGGCAGCUGGGCUUGUACCUGAGUGUGGCAAUUUGUUUCAGGCUCUGUCCCUACUAAAACCUGUAACCAGGCUGCUGUUGCUGUGGGUUCCUGUCAAUUCUGCCUGUCUGUUUUCACAUGAAACCUUUUAUCUGCCACUUCAAGGGCCAAACUCCUUGGCUGAUAGCCAGAAAGUGAGUCUGAGGGUGGAGAAGCUUGGGAAAUGGCAGCAGAGGGAAAGGAGGAGGACCUUCCUGAAGAUUUGCUGGAGAUGUUUUGCAAGUUCCCUCCCUGGAGCUUGGGAAGAGUUCCUCAGCAGUGCACCAGGAAUGUGUGCCCAGAUGCUGGGCCUGCAGGAGCUCGGCGUGCCAGCACUUUCUGCUUUGCUUUCUGUUUUCUCCCAGAGGCCAGUGGCAGGGGUUGAGAAUGGCACCAUUUAUAUUCUUUUUCUUUGGUCAUUUUCACUUCACUCUACUAUUGUGGUCAGACUCUUCAGAUGAAGAAUUAGGCUCGUUUUCCAGCAGCAGCUACAUAAAUGAGUGCAAGACAUAGACAAUAUUUCUGGGAGGGGAUCCUUUGAUCCAAGGAAGAAACCCUUCUUGAAGAUUUCUCUUUAGAAAAGCAGAGAAACCCCAGGACUGUGUUCAGUUCAGAGUGCUGCUCAGAGAGGAUGUGAUAACACUUUUUGCUACCAUUUCUGGUUACCAGGUGACAGACUUCCACCUGUAUCAUUGAGGAUUCCAUCUUUAACCUUUUCAUCACAAACUUUCUUCUCCCGUUUAAUUUUAAGGAAAUGUCAUUGGUUUGUUUGGGUUUUUUUUAAACCAUACUGGAUUCUGAAGGCAUGAAAUAUGUUUUCAGAAGAGAAAAAUGUGGAGUGUGGAAAAAGGCUGGUUUCACUAAUUCCUUUGCUUCCUGUACUUGUGCUUUGGUCUGCACUGCACCCUCUGGAUAUACUUUGUCUGGAGCCCUCCAGAAAUGUUUUCUGCUGGCCCAUUAAGGCCCUUUUGUGGGUACAUCUCCACAGAUGUACAUCCAGAUGGAAAAGAAGGAUCACAAAGGUUCAAUUCCACUGUUACAUGUUUUAAUGUGUUCACUAAAGGGAAAUAAAGAUUUGGCAAAGUGCUGAGGUUCAGAGGACAUUUCCCAGCCUGAAGGACAGAAUAUACAAUCCUGGAUACUUUCUGCCAGCUGCCAUGCAAACCUGGCAUCCUUUACUCAGCCCCCACUGCUGAAGGUUAGCAUGUAAGCUCAAGUGUCUUUCCACCACAGCUCUUGCAAUUUAUUUUUAAAAACCCCAAAUUUAGAAUAAGUACCUAUCUUUUGAACAUGAAAAACCAUUUCUACUUUCCUGAGUGCACUGGGAACCCGUUUGCCCAAGAACUAAACCACAUAUUUAACUUUGAGGGAGCGAUUCCCUGCUGGCCUAAAGGAUCCAUUUGCAUAUUGAAAUACUUGGGUGAGCCAGGGCCAUUGUUAUUAGAGCUAAUGAAUGAUAUUAUCUCGGUCAUUAGACAUAUCCAAGUGCGAAGUAAUUCACAUUACAGCUGGGGAGAAAGUGCUGAUUUCAAGCUCAAAGGGAUCCCAUUAACCCGGAGCAAUCCCAGAUUCAAACACUCUUUGUCAGCACAAGUAGAAUCAUUCUGAUCUUUCGAUAAGGACUCGUGUACCUGACACCCAUCUCCUCUCUCCAACGCACAGAAAGUCUACGGUUAAAAAAAGUCCAGGUUUGCAAAGACUGGGGGAAAAGUUCUACUUUCAGGUUCAUCUGAAGAAUUGCAAUUUUUUUUAUUGAGGUUUCUAACAGAGGUGUUCAGGAAAUAGAGUAGUGGGGGAAGAAAUUGUUUCACUUGGAACCAGGCUGGUGGAAUCAUUAAUUUAUUUUAUUUGUAUUUUUUUUUUUAAUUUUUACUUUUUUGGGGUGGGUAGAGGGAGAACCUGACCAGAACUGCAGGCGGUAGGGUGUGCAUUUUUCCUUCUUUUUUAAUGAAAACCAUUAUAUAUAUAGUUUGAUAAUGUUGCUUUUACUUUUUGUUGAUGAUUUUUGGGGCAACUUGUUUGCUCUAUUCUGUUUUCUUGUGUUUUCUUUUAGUAUAUUUUUAAUGGGCUUUUGGAAUAAGUGCGUAGAAGUUCCUCACCCAAAAUGUCCUAAGGACAUUCCUGUUGUUUUUUUUUUUCUCCCCAAGUUCGGUGGUGAAAAGGUGCUUUCUAUCGGCAAAGGCGUUUUUAGUGGGGAUAAACACAUCCCCAAAGGCCACACCUAGGGACCAGGUGCCAGUGACCUCUCCCAGACAAAAAGCUCCCUCCACAAUGCUUCAUUUACAUUUACAAAGAUCCAAAGGGCUAUGCUAGGGACCAGCCGCUUGGAAAUGGUCUCUUCCCACCUUCGGUGGUCUGUCUGAAAGCAGUGAAGUCUGGCAAGAGUCACUGUGUCCUCUUCAGCAAAAUCUUCUGCAGCCUGGAAUAGCAGGCAUGGCUAGAGAGAGCUGAAGAAAUAAAUUAGGAAGACGUUUAUUUGAAGAUGGCAAGUUCUUGGAGGGUACCUGCUCAAGUAUUACUGUCUGUUGCUGUUGUUUUCCCUCCUCUGAAUCCAGCAGCACAUGCAGGCUCAAGCUUAGCUUUAGGCUGGGCUUCACCCUGAGCCUAUGUGCAAAUGCUUUGCUGGAUGAAGGUCUCCCCUUUUACACUUUGGGGUUUUUUUCUUCCCUUCCCCUCCUUUUGUCCCUAUAUCUUCCAGAUGUUUUUGAUCCAGACAAAAUAACUGCUUUUUCUGCGUUUUCAGAAAAUCUCUGUUGGUCACGUUUGGAUCAUUUUCCACUCCCUGUUGUUAUCUGCCCUUCCUGCUGUCCUCCCUCCCUCCUUGUAGGGCUGCUUUGGUAAACAUUUUGGUCUGAUGAGAACAUGGUGACAAAACAUGAAUUAAGGUUGUAGAUGUUUGUGAUUUAUUUUAGAGUUGACUGUAAACCUUUUACUGUUUAAAAGGCAGCAAGGGCAGUGUAGUUUUGUAGCUUUCUUACGAUUUUGUUUGUUCUUUUUUUAAAUGGAGUUAGAAUAUUGCAGGUUGGUUUUUUUUUUUUUUUCAAGAAAAAAACGUGCUAAACUUUUGUUUUUCCUGCAAAACAGGAGUUUGUUGAGCUGCUGUUUAAAAGCUUAGUAAGUUAGAUACUAAUGGCAGGUACGAGAGGACUGAUUGUAGAGCUUGUGGAGUGCAACUUAGACUAUUGCUUUCCAUGGUAUGCUGUUUGUCAGUCUCUUGUCACCAGUGGGGGUUUGCUGGGAGUGUGAAAUUCCAUUUUGUGAUAAUUCCAUUGUUUUUUCACAGUAAUGUUUCAACAUGUUGCUUCAGUAAAUCGUCCCUUUUGCUCUCCUGCAAAGAUUUGCUUUUACCCUGAUGUUGCACCCCACCAGCAGUGCCACAGACCGAGCAGCUUCACCCUUUCUUUGAGCCUUCCAAAGGGAGAGCGUUAGCUCCAUGAAUUCCACAGCCUUUUCUGGGUGAUGUCAGUGAAAAAGAGAGGGAGACACUUAGCAGCAAGACUGUGCAGGCCACUAUGAGCAGACUCCUUCUCCGAGCCUGGUCCUUCAGCAUUCAUUGAUGACCUGUGCCAUUCCCACUCCCUUGGCUCUGCUAUUCCUUGUUCUCACUCACCAUUGUGUUCAAAGGUGGGCAGAGUGAGGCAGAGCAUUCAUUGUUGUGUUCACCUCCACCCCAAAAGGGCUGAGAUUAUCCCCUGGUGCAGGGAAGGAUGGCCUGAUCCCACCCCAUUCUCAUGGCUGCAGUGAUGCAGAAUGAGCUCCAGAGGCUGAGCAGGGCAGCUCCUGAUUUAUGGGGACAGCCUGUGCCUGUCACAGGCUCUCCACACUUGCAUCACCAGUGGCUGCAGUGAGUGGCUGUGGGGUUUCUCUCGAUGCUCUGCCAUCCCUCAUCCAGGCAACUCCUCCAGAAAGUCACAUUGAUUUCCUCUUGGCAUUCAGAGUCCUCAGAGCUACAGGAAACAGGGCCCUGCUGGCCUGUCCCACACCUGGAAUGCUUGUGUCAUUGGCACUGCUCCCGUUUCUCAUCUUUGUGGCACUGGGGCACCAAAUUCUUUGGUACUGAGACACUUUGUGUCCAAGAUCUGCUCAUCAGCCAACACCAGACAAACAGAAGGACCUGCAGGAGAAGGAUUUCUGAAGCAACUCUGUAUCUGGUUUCCUUGUGUUUUACAAGAGAGAUUUUUUCACCCUUUGAUGGCAUAGGAUGUAGAAUAUUUAUUGUAGCUGUAGCAAAGUGAUGAAUUGUGAGUAGACUUGACAGGGCAUUGUUUCUAUGUUUCUCUUACAGACACUGAUUGAUUGAGAUGUUUAAAUCUGAAUACAUUUUGUACACUUUUUUUUUUCACACUGAGAUUUUCAGCCUGUAUAUUGAAUAUCUAAUGUUAUUUGACAUUGAUUCAUGUAUGUGCUGUGUAUACUUUUGUGUUACCAGUAAUUUUUACUGUCAUUGUGCUGUUUCUAAGACAUUAUUUCAACUCCUUUGGACAUAGUUUAGCUACUUGGAAUUUUUUGGACUUCCACAAAAUUCCAUGCCUAGUAAUUGCUAGAAUGAAGAGAACAAAGGGAUGUUCUUUCCCACAAGCUUUUCAAUCUCAGUAGGAGCUUCUUCAGCCAAAAUGAGCAUUUGACUUUUCUUUUUCACUUUUUUCUUGUUAAUACAAUAGUGCUGAUUUGUUUGGUUUUUAAUCCUGGGAAUUCUGAAUUCCAUGUUGACCAUUCCUAGCAAUAUUUUACAAAAGCAGAGACAGCUGUGCCAUAAGGAGUUCUACUGAUCAUAACAGAAUUGAGAUAUUGUAAUUAUUUGGUGUUUAUUUAUAAAUAUUUUUUCCACUAUUAGGUUUUUAAGCAAAUCUUUUCUCAGUGUGAUAUAAGAUUAAAAAGACACUAAAGGACUAAGCACUCAACAUGUACAAGGAAAGGGAUUCAGGUAAAUUAUUUCCAUCUAUAUGAGUGAAAAAUAGCUUAGGAAUUUUUGUCAGAACAAAAGCUGAGUUUGUUACACAUUUCCUGAGUCCAUUAAUUAAUCCAGUGAUUUCAAUGAAACCAUCCCUGUCCUGGAAACCAGAGAUACACUUAAAGAACCCCCUGAAUCCACUCCUCAGUAGGAAAUAAAGCUGAGUUUUGUAAAAGUAAAGUGUUGCUUAAAUAUAGCACCUUCAAAGCAUUUCUGUCUUCUGGUAGAAAAUGAGAAUGUUAUCUUUAAUCACUGAGUACCCACUCAUCAGAUAAAGAAGCCAGUGCUGAUUUUAUCAGAGGUGCUGGUUUAUAUUGUGAUAAAAACUGCUAUGCAGAGCUGUGUAUUACUGUUUUAAAUACCUUACCUUAGGACAGUAUUUACAUUAAUUAUCUACAUUAGGAGAACAAAUAUGUGAGAUUUUAGGAGGAAGUUUGUUUGGAGAAUGGGUUUUUUGAUAACUAAAAGUGGGCUAAAAAAACAGGCAGGUUAUGAAAAAUAUCUCUGGCUGGGGGGUGGUUGUAGUGUUAAACAUGACAUGGUACCUAAAGUGUCAUCCCAUUGUUUUCCAAGAGGAAUCUGAUGAAUUCCCUGUGCCUUGUGUUGAAGCUUUACUCCUUUGUGUCAAUGUUUUAGUGAGGUUUCUGUUUUAAUUUAUAAAUGAAAUACAUACAUAGAUAGCUAUUCCAGUACAGUCUGCAUUUGUUCCCUACGAUGUACAUACUUUUUUUCCUUUUAUAAAAAUGCCUGUUUACCUGCA